CCGUCUUUGACGAACCGUUCCCCUUUCUUUCCUUAUACCUUUGAAUUUUGUUUGUGUGCUAUUUCGAGCGUCAACAGCCGGACCGUUCCAAUGUUUCCAGUGCGACCAAACCGAACGGCGUCCUUGACCGCGGCGCAACAGGCGGCGGUGGUGCAGAGACAAGUCCACUUGCCCGGCCAACCCGUGUCGGUUCUGUUCGUAUGUUUGGGCAACAUUUGCCGGUCGACGAUGGCAGAGGGAAUCUUUAGGCACAUGGCGCAGCAGCCGCAGUACAAGGACAAGAUUGGGGAUAUUGAUUCCUGCGGAACAGCUGCGUAUCAUGCAGGCGAACCGCCGGACGAUCGAACACUGGAAACGCUGGAGAAGCACGACAUCUUCGACUACGAUCAUGACGCGCGCCGCAUUACGCGAAGCGACUUUGACAGAUUCGAUUACAUCUUCGCCAUGGACCUCUCCAACCUCUCAGACCUCGAACGCCUCAAGCGCGAGAAUAAAGACUCAAAGGCCAAGGUGAUGCUCUAUGGCGACUACAGCGGCACCAAGAAGCCAGAAGUAGUUAGCGACCCCUACUACGGCGGCCAGGAUGGCUUUGACAAGGCAUUUGAGCAGUGCUCUCGUUUUGCCAAGAACUUUUUGCGAGACGUGGUGGGCGAGCAGGGAGAAGAGAAAACAGAGUGACAAGAUGAGAUAGAGAUCUAGAAUAAGGGGGUUGAGAGGGUGUAUGUGCGCAUGCAUGGGUAAAUUACCCUGUUUUUUUCCUUUGUGAAAUGACAAUUGGAGUAGAUGGGAAACGGCGGGACUUGAUACCCAACACUUUGUUACCUGGGAUACGCGGAUUACACUAUACAAGCUACUAAUAUGCCUAGAUAUACACAAAGCAUUUUGGGGGAUACAUGGUUUUGUAGAUGAUACAACAAGACACUGAUCUUAAUUUUAGAAAUUCACAUUUAACAUAAUGAGAAGAGGGGC